GGAGCAGGCACUCAGGAGAGAGUGCUGAUUGAGAUCCUUUGCACAAGGACAAACCAGGAGAUACGAGAAAUAGUGAACUGCUAUAAAUCAGAAUUUGGAAGGGACAUCGAAGAAGACAUCAGAGCAGACACUUCAGGACACUUUGAACGACUGCUUGUAUCCAUGUGUCAAGGUAAUCGGGAUGAGAAUCAAACUGUGGAUUACCAAAAAGCUCAAGAAGAUGCUCAGCGUCUGUACCAAGCAGGUGAAGGAAAACUUGGGACUGAUGAAUCUACCUUUAAUAUGGUUCUGGCAAGCAGAAGUUUUCCUCAACUGAAAGCAACAGUUGAGGCCUACUCUAGGAUUGCUAAUCGUGAUUUAUUAAGCAGCAUUGACCGAGAAUUUUCUGGAAACGUGGAACGUGGUUUGAAGACUAUUGUGCAAUGUGCUUUGAAUCGCCCAGCCUUUUUUGCAGAAAGACUUUAUCAUUCUAUGAAAGGAGCUGGCACAGAUGAUUCUACCCUCAUCAGAAUUAUAGUCACUCGCAGUGAGAUUGACCUUGUGCAAAUUAAACAGAUGUUCACACAAAUGUAUCAGAAGACUUUGGCUACAAUGAUAGCAAGUGAUACAAGUGGUGACUACCGGCGUUUGCUGCUGGCAAUUGUUGGUCAAUAGAAGAGGACUAUUAUUUGUGUGUUGUUUUUUUUAAAAAAAAACUAACUAAAGGAUAUGUAACAUGCUUUAUGCAGACAUGACUAUCCUUGUGUGUAAAAGAAUAACUUUAAACUUCAUCUAAUCAAAUAUGCCUUCUUGAUGAUUCUAUAAGCUCGUUGCAUUUACAUUUGCCUUAAUUUACAGCACAUAAUAUUCUUUAUUGUAUAAUAAAAGAUAUAUCUUGUCUAUUAGCCC